CGUACUUUUUGUACGGUUCAUAAACGUCACGUGUUUGUGUUUGGAAUUGGAAAAAAAUGUGUUUUUUUUGUUGAUUUAAUUUUCAUCGUUUUUGUUUGUAAUUAAAAAAAAUAUUCAUCCAAAUUAAAUCAUGCAACAGACAACUUCAUCAUCGUCAUCGUCAUCAUCAUCGGACAUUUUGGCAAAAGAUACAUUUACAAUAUCAGAUUUUAAUGAUAAAAUUAAAGAAACAAUUCUGUUAGCAAAAGAAAUUCUACAAAAUUCAAAUGCUAAAAAGAAUGAAAAAAUUCAAAAUUUAAUAAAAAUUCAAUGUUGUAAUACAUUGAAAAUUCUAACAAAAUUAAAUCAAAAUGAUCUUAAUCCAAAUAGUCGUGAUUGUAAUUUUACACGAGCAAAAUUUGAUGAUCAACAAAAAAUUUCAAAAUUAUUGGAAAUUGACGAUGCAUUAAUCGAUAAAACGAUACAUUAUUUUGAAUGUGCACAAAAUCUAAAAGAAAAACGAAAAAGUUCUCAACCAAAUUUAAUACAAGUCCAAAUGAAUGUUGAUUCAAAGCAAAAUAAUUCAAAAAUAUUUAUCAAAGAUUUUAAUAAAAAUCAAUCCGGUAUUAAACGAAAAUAUCCAUCGGAUAAUAACAGCAACAAUGUUGAUUCUUCUCCUUUAUCACAAUCGAAAAGAAAUUUUCUAUUUAUUGCAGCAUCAAAUGUUAAACGACCACAAAUUGUAUAUAAAAUCAAAACAGAUAAUUCAUAUUCAACGCCAUUCAUACCGAAAUUGACCAGAAAACCAAAUUCGCUUGUAUCAUUGGAAGAUUCAUUGAAACCGAUAUCGCAAAAUGAACUGCCAGCAAAUCUUAUACCUGGUUACAAUUAUCCAAAAUAUUUUUAUCAACAUCCUUAUCAAUAUGAAAUUGAAAAUUUUAAAAUACCAUCGGAAUUUUUUCACCACCAAAUUUCGGAUGAAUCAAAGCAGCCACCACCAUCAUCCGAAUCGUUAAAGGAAAAACGUUAUAAAUUCAUUAAUAAACGUGAUGAUCUUCAUGAAUUGAUUGAGGAUCUGAAAAGAUUCCAGGAAAUUGCCAUCGAUCUUGAACAUCAUUCAUUUAGAUCUUAUCAAGGUUUAACAUGUUUGUUGCAAAUAUCAACCGAUCUGACUGAUUAUAUUAUCGAUGUAUUUCCCCUGUGGAAUGAUAUACAAAUAUUAAAUGAAAUAUUUACAUUACCAUCAAUAUUGAAAGUAUUUCAUUCAUCAACAUACGAUAUUAUUUGGUUACAACGUGAUCUAGGUAUUUAUGUUGUUAAUAUGUUCGAUACAUGGGUUGCAGCCAAAACACUUGAUUAUCAACAUUUAUCAUUAUCAUCGUUGGUUGAUCAUUAUUGUCAUUAUCAAUUGGAUAAACGUUUUCAAUUAGCUGAUUGGCGUAUACGGCCAAUACCUGAAGAAAUGCUUCAAUAUGCACGUUGUGAUACACAUUUUUUACUGUAUAUUUAUCGAAAAUUAAAACAACAAUUAUUGGAUGCCGGUAAUGAAACUGGAAAUCUUUUACGUGUUGUUAUGGAACGUAGUCAACAAAUGUGUCUUAAGCGAUAUGAGAAAAAACUACCAGAAAUCAAUGAUCAUAUUCAUUUGAUUUGGAAAAAUAAUCUUCGAUUUAAUCCCCGACAAAUGGCUGCAUUAAAAUCAUUAUAUGUUUGGCGUGAUUUGAUUGCUCGACAAGAAGAUGAAAGUACUGGAUAUGUUUUACCGAAUAAUCUUUUGCUAAAAAUUUGUGAAAUUUUGCCUAGAGAACAACAAGGAAUAUUGGCAUGUUGUAAUCCCAUUCCACCAUUAGUUCGUCAAUAUAUUAAUGAAAUACAUCGAAUAAUAUUCGAUGCUCGUUCAAAAGUUUUAAUUGAUCAAAAUUCUACCGAAACAAUUCAAUCAUCAAUGAAAAAUGAUAUUACAAUUGAUUUAACUAAUGAUCUUCUUAUUGAUCGUCCAUUGAAUUUUAAUAAAUUUUUAACUAUUGAUCAUCAUCAUAACGAUCAUCAUAAUAAUGAUGAUGAUCAUUUAGCUAAUGAUCAAAAUGAACAUUUCAUUAUUGAUCAACCAUUAUUACAAUGGUCAAAUGAAUUGAAAAAAUUCAUACCAAACUCGAGAAAAAACAAUGAUAACAAUAAUGAUAAAUCAUCCGGUAUUGAAAUUCAAUCGAUUCGUAAUGAUAUUGAUCAUCAUUCAUUGAUCAAUAUGUUUGAUAAUCAAAAUUCCAAAAAAACUAAAACGAAUCGGGUACAAAUGGAUAAACUUUUUGAUGGUUAUAUAACAUUUUAUCAAAGGGUAUGUUAUUUAUAUAAAAUUAAACAAAAAGAUGAACUUCGACAACAACAACAAUCAUCAUCAUAAUCGAUUAAUUUGGAACUUAAAUAG